AUGGCAGAGGCCACUGUCUCAGUGGGUCAGGACCAGUUUGCCUGUUCAAUCUGUCUGGAUCUACUGAAGGAUCCAGUGGCUAUUCCCUGUGGGCACAGUUACUGUAUGGACUGUAUUAAGGGCUGCUGGGUUCAGGAUGAUCAUACUGGUGUCUACAGCUGUCCCCAGUGCAGAGAGACCUUCACGACAAGACCUGUUUUAAAAAGAAACAUCAUUGUGGCUGAUAUGGUGGAGAAACUGAAGGAAAUGGCACUCCAAGCUGCUCCUCCUGCUCACUGUUACGCUGGACCUGGAGACGUGGCAUGUGGACACCUUCAGGAGACCAUUUGCCCUCAACAUAAGAAGCUGCUGGAGGUUUACUGUCGUACUGAUCAGCAGUGUAUCUGUCUGCUGUGUUUGAUGGAUGAACACCGACGCCAUGACACAGUCUCCGCUGCAGCAGAAAGGACUGAGAAACAGAAGCAGCUGGGGGAGACACAGAGGAAAUUCCAGCAGAGAAUCCGAGAUAGAGAGAAGGAGCUGCAGGAUCUGAGACAGGCUGUGGAGUCACUCACGCGCUCUGCACAGGCAGCAGUGGAGGACAGCGAGAGGAUCUUUACUGAGCUGAUCCACUCCAUUGAGAGAAGGCGCUCUGAGGUGAAAGUGCUCAUCAGAGUUCAGGAGAAGGCUGCAGUGAAUCGGGCUAAAAGGCUCCUGGAGCGACUGGAGCAGGAGAUUGUUGAGCUGAGGAGAGACGCUGAACUGGAGCAGCUUUCACACACAGAGGAUCACAUCCAUUCCCUCCAGAGCUGUCAGUCUCUUUGUGCCCCUUCUGGACCUGGAGACUUACCCAGCAUCACUGUCAGUCCACGCUUCUCUUUUGAGGCUGUGAGUAAAUCUGUCUCUGAGUUGAGAGAGCAACAGAAGGACAUCUAUAAGGGGGAAUUAGACAAGCUCUCAAGAACUGUGAAAGAUGUCCAUAUUCUAGAGCCUAAGACCAGAGAGGACUUCUUACAAUAUUCCUGUCAGCUCACACUGGACUCCAACACAGCACAUAGAAACCUCCGUCUGUCUGAGGGUAACAGAGUGGUGACAUGGGUGGAAGAGACCCAGUCAUAUCCUGAUCAUCCAGAGAGAUUUGAUAUCUGGCCUCAGGUGCUGUGCAGAGAGGGUCUGUCUGGACGCUGUUACUGGGAGGCUGAGUGGAGUGGGCUUUAUGGGGUUUCUAUAACAGUCUCCUAUAAAGAGAUCAACAGGAAAGGACGGAACAGUGGCUCUAGUCUAGGAUGGAAUGACAAGUCCUGGAGUUUGGACUGCUGUCCUUCCACAUACUCUUUCUGGUACAAUAAUAAGAGCAUUGAAAUCCCUUCCCCUCCCUCCUCCAGAAUAGGAGUGUACCUGGAUCACACGGCGGGAACUCUGUCCUUUUAUAGCGUCUCUGACACAAUGACCCUCCUCCACAGAGUCCAGACCACAUUCACUCAACCCCUCUAUCCUGGGUUUGGGUGUGGUUAUGAAACAUCUGUGAAACUGUGUGAUCUGGGAUGAGGGAGAGAGACGAUCUGCUGUAAUCAAAGUGCAGGGAAAACAGUCCAGUGAGCCAAAAAUGAAUUAUUAAUAAAAAUGACCAAAAAUAGGCUACAUAUAUUUUAGGCCUUGUCCACACGUACACGGAUAUUUUCAAAAAUGGGGGUUUUCCUCCUUCAUUCUUAAAAAAACCUCUG